GCAUGGGUCGGUUCAUAUUCACUUCCGGAGGGGAAGAGCUGGGAGCGCAGCAGAGCAGCGGCUGAAGAAGCACAGCUGGAGAGGAGAGGAGGCCAGGCUGCCCGCUGUAAAGAGAGUCGCUGUCUGCGGGGGGAAUGGACCACGACUGAUUGGGUAAAGUGUGCAUCUGAGAGGGGUCCGAACAAACUGAGGAGAGGUGUCCACCAUGUUCGUCCAUCUUCCACAACACCAGUCCUCCGUGCAGAUUGAAGCUGUCCUUAUCACAGGUGAGAGCCUCAGUGGAGCAGCAGGAGCAGCAGGUGUAGCGGGCGGAGCAGCAGGUGUAGCGGGCGGUGCAGCGGUGGCGUCGGCGGCGUCGUGCGAGAUGGAGGAGGCGGUGGCGGCCGGCGGCUACGUGGAGUUGGACGUGCCCGAGUUCAGCAGCGGCGUGCUGAGUCAGCUCAACGAGCUGCGGCUGCAGGGCAAGCUCUGCGACAUCAUCGUGCACGUGCAGGGCCAGCCCUUCCGCGCCCACAAGGCCGUGCUGGCCGCCAGCUCGCCCUACUUCCGCGACCACUCGGCGCUGGGCACCAUGAGCGGCCUGUCCAUCUCCGUCAUCAAGAACCCGGAGGUGUUCGAGCAGCUGCUGGCCUUCUGCUACACGGGCCGCAUGGCCCUGCGCCUGCGCGACAUCGUCAGCUUCCUGACCGCCGCCAGCUUCCUGCAGAUGCAGGCGGUCAUCGACAAGUGCACGCAGAUCCUCGAGGGCCUCCACUCCAAGAUCCACCUGCCGCCCGGCGCCAUCGCCAUGGCGACGGACGCGGCGGCGGCGUUGAUGCGCCACCACCACGCGGCGGCCUCGGACGAGGAGACCUCCCCGCCGCCCCCCGGCGAGGGCUCGUCCGGCUCGUCCAGGGCCCGUCGGAACGGCGUGAAGGACGGCGGGCUGUUCCUCAACCCCACGCAGAUCUCCCCGCCGUACUACCCGCGCUCCCGGCUCCCGGCCGGACACGCGGCGCGUAGCCACCUCGUCCACCAGGGGGCGGCGGGCUUGGCGCAGGAGGAGGCCCAGUCGGACCGCGGCAGCAGCGACGGCGCCGCCUCGGAGCAGGACGCGUCCAUGGAGGGCGAGACGGAGCAGGUGGAGCUGAUCGGACGCGACGGCCAGGUGACGGACGUGCACGUGAAGCUGGAGAAGGCGGAGCGGCCGAGCCAGUCGGACAGCUCGUCCACCACGGGCGACGACGGCUACCACACGGAGCUGGUGGACGGCGAGCAGGUGCUGGCGGUCAGCGUGGGCUCGUACGGGCCGGUGUUGGCGGCGCCCCCCGGUGGCUACUCGUACGCGGCGGCCGCCGCCGGUCUGGCCUCCCCCUGCUUCCUCAGCCUGGGGUCCAGCCCCUCUCCCUCUCGCUCGCUGCUCGGCGGCUUCCGAGGGGGCCGAGCGCGGUCCAAGCGCGCCCUGCCCCUGCCGGCCGACGUGCUGAGCCAGCUGAAGGGCGGCGCGGGGGCGACCGAGGAGGCGGGCGAUGGCUCGGGGCAGUUCGAGGGCGACGCGCGGGAGCACAGCCUCCGUGGCGGCGGGCAGCAGUGGUACCCGUACAACGAGCGUCUGAUCUGCAUCUACUGCGGCAAGUCCUUCAACCAGAAGGGCAGCCUGGACCGCCACAUGCGGCUGCACAUGGGCAUCACGCCGUUCGUGUGCAAGUUCUGCGGCAAGAAGUACACGCGCAAGGAUCAGCUGGAGUACCACAUCCGCGGCCACACCGACAACAAGCCCUUCCACUGCCAGCUGUGCGGCAAGUGCUUCCCCUUCCAGGGCACCCUCAACCAGCACCUGCGCAAGAAGCACAUGGGCGCCGCCACGCCCGACGGGACCGCCAACCACGGCCACUCCCCCGAGCCCCUGGACGGAGGAGGAGGAGGAGGAGGAGGAGGGGGGGGCGCCCGGGCGGGGGGCGGGAGCAGCAGCAGGGACGCCGACGAGGGCUCGGAGAGCGGAGUGCCCGCCGCCGCCUACGGGGAGACGUACGGCGAGGAGCCGCCGGGCAACGACAACAACAGCGACGAGAGCGCCCGCCGCAGCCCCGAGUAA